AUGGUUUCCAAGUCAUCACUGAGGAAUAGUACCAACAAGAACAAUAGGUUAAAGCAACCUUUAGACAGGAAAUCGAAGGAGGUGCCAAACGGCACGCCUAGAACAAACAAAAAACACACAAAUGGAGAGGAAACGGAAGUUUCUGGUUAUGUUAGGGACCCGCAUGGCGAUGUCAUCGCGACAAUCAACGGAAAAAAGUUCUACAGAUCUGUUUUAAUCCACGAUGAACUAAUUUCAGUACACGAUUCAGUGGAUGUCCUAAGAACGAGUAGCAGAAGUAAGAAAACACGAGAAUCGAAUCUCGCUAAAAUAUCGGCAAUAUACGUCGAUACGAACGGAAAGUUGAUGGCCGAAGUGGCGUUUUACUUUGACUCGGGAGAUAAACCACCAAACACAGACGAAUCUGAUGGAAACAGAUCCAAAUGGCCAGGAUUUAGACACGUGAACGAAGUAGUAGCAUACAACAAGUUUGAAGACGUCGAAAUUGAGACUUUCGACGAGAAGGUGACAGUGCACGCGUGUCUAGAGGACUACCAGAAGGAGAUCGACUCGGGAGGGGAUGAGGAGAUAAAUGUAUUCUGCAACUAUAUCUGUUACCAGGAAAAUGACUCGAUAGUGCCAUUUAACAUUCAGAGAGAUUGGGAGCAGAUCAUGGUUGAGAGCAGUAAAUAUCACAGCAUCUACUUUCCAACCGUGGUGUUCCAAAGGGAUGAAGUGGACGAAGAAAUACCAGCAGAGUUAAACCUGCAGUUGAACAACAACGAAAGAAUACUGGGCAGAGAAGAGGAGGCGGAGCAGAUCAAAACGUUCAUGGAAGUAAACAUAAAGCAGGGAGGAACGGGCCAAAUACUGUACAUCAGCGGAGUGCCCGGCACUGGAAAGACGGAGACAGUAAAGAUGGUCUCGAGGGAGCUGAUCAACAAGAAGCUUAAGGGCAAAUUGCCCUGGUUCGACCUCAUAGAAAUCAACGCAGUGCACCUGUCGACGCCGAACGAGCUGUACCAAGUCUUUUAUAACAAGUUAUUCGGAAAACAGCCUCCCAACACACACAAGUGCUACGAAAUGCUGGACGAAUACUUCACAAACAAUACAACGCCCUGUAUCUUAAUAUUGGACGAGGCGGACUAUAUAGUAACUAAAACACAAAAGGUGUUGUUCACACUCUUCGACCUACCCUGUAAAAAAAAGUCAAAGUUCAUCUUAAUCAUCAUUUCCAACACCAUGGACUUGAAUUACAAAAUGAAAUCCUCAAUACAAUCUCGUCUUGGGUUCGGGAGCUUGGUGUUCAAACCAUACAGAUACCAGCAAAUAAUACAAGUGAUUCAGGAUAAACUAGGGAAGUACUCAGCAAUAGACCCAGUGGCACUACAGCUAUGUGCUAGAAGAGUCACGAACUACAGUGGAGAUAUGAGAAAAGCACUGCAGAUAUGUAAGCUCGCCAUAAAGGAGGCAAACGGAAAAAAGAUAACUGUCGCCGAUAUGAGUAGAAUCAGUAACAUGGUGCUUAACUCGUCAAUCGUGGACGCACUGCAGUACGUGUCAGUCGGAAUGAAGUGCCUGCUCGUGGCGAUCAUACUGGUGCUGAAGGAGCUGCAGAUCUCAAUCGCACCAGCAGUGAAGGUGUACAACACGUUCAGAGGAAUGAUAACAGUGCUAAAGCCGGAACUUGAAAACUGCGUGUGCAAGGACUCGUUCAAGCACCUGCUGCUCUCAAUCCUGAACAACGGAGUAAUAUCGCUGGAGCCCACAGUCUUCUCGAGCUUCAGCUUCAGCGAAAAGAAGAAGACGAAGAAGGUCUUCGACGAGAUCAACGAGGACAUGGGCGACGUGGGAAUAGUGUUCCAGGUCGACAUUGGCCACCUGACGACGGCGCUGGCCAAGGACCCGUACUGGCACUCGAAACUCGAGUCGGCCGCCUAA